UUCUCCAGACAUCUGGCUUGGCCAGAAAUGGUUCGACGCCUUUCUUGCCUCAUGGCUCCUCACCAAGUCGCAGGGCCUGUACUCGGCGGCUGAACUGGAGGUACUAUCCCCGUUGCUUCGAAACGGCUUCCUUUUUUCUUUCUAACGCUGGUUGAUAGAAACAACAUUCUAUCCUGGUGGAGCACGACCUCUCCUUCGCGGACAUCUGUCGCGUCCUCCAGCUUUCCUUCAACUUCACGGCCUGUGGAGAUACCGCCCAUGAGGAUCUCUAUCUGUUUCUUGGGGCGGCGUACCAUCGCGUCAUGCACGAGCAGGACCAGGAGUCGGUCAUGACCUUCUCAAGGAUCCAGAACGCCCUCACGGAGUAUCUCAAGCAUCCCUUGCUCCGGACGGCUCAGUCGCCUGCUCGUGGUCCGAGGACGACGACCAGUCACAGUAACAGCAGCAAUGGUGCCCGAGGGCUUGGCGGUGGUGUUCAUGUCCCCUCCCCCGUCGAUUCAGCCCUGUCGACCAUGGCGUACGCCCUCAGCCAAGAGUCCGUCCUAUCGCGCACCCACCAUUCGGUUCUUUCCCCCCCGCCGUCUUCGUCCGCUGAGGGUGGGGGGGGGCCCUCGCCGCUCAAAUCACGCUAUCUCGUCCUGCUCAAGGAAAAGGGAGAUUCUGACGGCGUCGUGCCAUUGUUCUCGGAGGUGAUGGAGUGCGAGACCCCCUCGCGGUGGACGUCGACGGCAUCGUAUUCGGGCGUCGUCGGCACCGCGACGGCGCGGUCGAAGAAGGAGGCGCGCAAUCUCGCGGCGAGGAGUGUUUGGAUCAAGCUUGGCGGCGAGCCCACGGACUGAAUGGGUUGAUCGAGGUUUGAUGAUAUAUUUAUGAUGGCAAUUAUCAAGGCAACCAUAGCAUGGAGUAAAUUCGGACAGUAAUCCUUUCGAGGAAGUUGCUUGUUGGGCUUUGUUUUUUGUUUUUUGUUUUUUUUUAUUUUUUUAUUUUUUUUGUCUUUCAGCAGCAGCAGUCAGGUGACAC